GGCGUGUCGGCGGCGCGCGCGCUCCCCGCCCCUUCCCGCCGCAGUGGUCGGGCGCGUGUGCGCGGCGCCGAGCCCCGGCCUGCCCCGCCGCCUUCGUGAGCCCCCUCUCCUGUCCCCCCUCCCCUUCUCCUGCCGCCAUGGCCGACGAGCUGGACUUCACCACGGGCGAUGCCGGCGCCUCCUCCACGUACCCCAUGCAGUGCUCGGCGCUGCGGAAAAACGGCUUCGUGGUGCUCAAGGGGCGGCCCUGCAAGAUCGUGGAGAUGUCCACCUCGAAGACAGGCAAGCACGGCCACGCCAAGGUCCAUUUGGUUGGUAUUGAUAUCUUCACUGGUAAAAAAUAUGAGGAUAUUUGCCCAUCAACUCAUAACAUGGAUGUUCCAAAUAUCAAGAGAAAUGAUUACCAGCUGAUAGGUAUUCAGGAUGGGUAUCUCUCCCUGCUGACAGAAAGUGGUGAAGUUCGUGAGGAUCUAAAGUUGCCAGAAGGGGAUCUCGGCAAAGAAAUAGAAGGAAAAUUCAAUGCCAAUGAAGAUGUGCAGAUAUCCGUCAUAAGUGCAAUGAAUGAAGAAUGUGCUGUAGCCAUAAAGCCUUGCAAAUAAAGAGGAUCGCCAGGCUCGGGCAACUGCUCAGGUCUGGACAAACCACAGAUCUAUAAAUUUGGUUCUUAUUGUCACCAAAGCUCUGGCCUUCACAAGCAACCUCAUUUCUUUUUCGAAUUUUUAAAAAGCAGUGCUGGAUUCUGGAUUAGUGUUGCAGGCUAACUGGCAGUUUUCAAAUUCACUGAGAUUUUAAUUCCUUAAUUUGUAACUAUUUUAACAUUCCUGUGGGUUUCAGCUAUGGAUCUAAGAAACCAGUCAGGUGUUACUAGUGGAUAUAUUUUUAUUUGCUUGAGCAAAACAGUGUUUGUCUGUAUGAACAGACAAAAUACAGUAUUCAGGGGCUUUUAGAUAAGCUGGUAGAUAUCUAGGAUUAUAAAGUGACCUAGAGCACAAAUAGUAUUUUUCUUGACAUGUUUAGGUAGAACUGACAAUAAAAGUAGCCUUUUUUUUUUUUUUUUUUUAAAGCUUAAGUAUUUUGUGGAUUGGGACUCUUGCAGAACUGUAGGUGCCAAUCACAACUUUUAGACCAAGAAACUCAAGUGAUCAAAAAUGCCAGCUGGCUUGACCAAGCCCCAAUGGCCAUGUGCAACUUAACUGUAUUACCUCUGUAUUCUUCUUUGCCAACUUUUUGGCUUAUUGUAAUGAUAAAAUGGUGUCAAAGCCUACCUGUGGUUUAGGCAGGCAGUUGGAAUAUUGGGUAGAUGAGACAUAGAUAGGUCAAGGGGAUGCAAAGGUGAGAAUGGAUGUUAAAGCUAUAGACUUUCACUCGAGGCCUUUGUCAGACUUGAAAAAUAAAAUAGAAUAAAUGCAGUUCAAUUGCUUUCCUUUAUUGUAUUUAUCUUACACUAUGAAAGGGUGACAAAAUGCAUAGGAAUCUGUUGCAGUGCUUCCAGCUUUAGGUUUUAAUCUUCAGGUUCAGACCAUAUUUUUGUAGCACAGGGACCACAUGUUUUUCAAAAAGUGGGACAAACUGUAGCAUUGAGCCUAAACGAAAUGCAUGGGAUUCUUUUUAAAAAGAUAUAACUAUUGUAUAUUAACGUAUAGACUUGACAGACAAUACUAAACAACCAUGGCUUAACUAUAAAAGUAAAUAAAUUGCUACAUAGUUAUGAAAGCUAGCUCCUCUCCAAGGGAGUUCCAAGUCAUUGAAACACACAUGCAUGGCUCUAUGUAGUAGCUUAACAGGGAGACGCAAGGCUUCACAGAACUGGUUGUGGAAUGAUAAGUAGCCUAUUUCUGUUCAAGGCACUCAACUCGAAAUCUAAGACUUGGUGACUUUUCAUGAGUGGGAAACUUCCUUUGUGGCUCAGACCUCUCUCCACAGUCGAUAAAUUGUUUCAUGAACCUGCCUUAAGCCUCCCUGGCUAUUGGCUGAUGGAGGACAACUUGUAAACAUGUGGCAUGCUGCCCUGGCCAGCAUGCACCAUUCACACACUAUUGGCAUCAAGAGUCAGACUUCACACUACAGUUAACUGCUUAAAAUGUUUCCAGAUUAGUAGUAGGUACUUUCUAAUUCCCAAAGGGCUCUUUGCAACUGUCCUGAACUGCCCUUGUACAUACUUCAGCAGAGCGUAGCAAAUCUUGGAAGUCUAAUGUAGAUGGCCACAAAAUGCAUUUUCCACAGACUUCUUAUGAGAGGGUACAGUACAGUGAAGGUAACGACAGCAAUAAUUAUACUCUGAUAAUAAAGCACAGUUACCUGGGACACCUGGCAGAAGUAGGAUACUGCCACACGCUCUUGCCUAGCACAAUACACUUGCAGGUAAACUCCAUACGUAGCACCUUGACUGAAAUGGCAAAACCACUUUAAAAAAACACCUGUAGAUGCAAGAAAUUGAAGUGUAUUUGGAACAGUUUUGAAGUGUGUGUUCUUUAUAGGUCAGCUAGUCUGCACUAUGCUCCUUUUUGCCUCUGUUGAACUGAAACACAGGCUUUGUUGGCUUUGGAGGCGGUUGUGGAACCACUGAUGAUGGUCUUGACAUCAGGCUGAGCUGUGUGAUAUCAGUUGGGAUGUCAUGUAAAACUAAUGCAAAUUCUAAUGCUAUUGCUACAUUAUGAAUAUUUUAAUAUACUUGGAAACAACAAGACUUGGAUUAGUGCUUGUUCUGGUAGUGCUUUAGUCUACAUUUAGGUGCCUGUCCUCUAAAAUGUCACUGGAAGACAGGUAUUUGUUGCCACUGGCCCACAAUCUAAGCAAUCUAAGCAUUUACUUAGACUGUAAGCUCUCUGGGACAAGGUCUGGGUUUUGUCCUGUUUCUACAAGUAGGGUCCUGGUCUGACUGGAGUUUUCGGGAACUACAGCAAUCAAAAGAUAGAGGUCUUCUGUCCUCCAGCUUGCUGGAAGAGCCCUCCUUGGGACAUAUAAAUGUCCUUCUAUUGCAACCUUCAGUUCUGCAAGACCUAAACAAUUAAGUACUUCAUUAUAGGUUUGUUCUUAUAUACUUAGUUGUCUUUUGUGAAGCACUUCAGACACUAUGGAAGUGCAGAGCAUUGGCUCAUCAUGCAUGAAGUUUCCCAUAGGUAAUACAUAGCAUGAGUCUUAAGCAUAAUCUCCAAGUUUCAGUAAGGUUAAAAGUUGCUUCUGAAUUAGAACAUGUAUUUGAGGCAUUUUUUUCCAAAGUAAGAUGUUUCAGUUUACUGUCAAGAGUUGUUUGCAGCAAACUUUGUGAUCAAUAGUCCAUAUAGAUGUGUAUUUUUAAGAUCCCUAACCAAAUGCUUAGGGAAAUUCUCCUUUCAUAGCUUUACUUUAAAACAAAUCUUACCAAUGUACUUGUUCUGUAGUACUGUCUUAACACUUAAAUUGUGUCAAAACUGAAGACUAUAAACUUCUAAUACCUGAUGGCAAUUGCUUAGAGGAAAGGCUGUGAAUACUACAAGGUGAAGAAAACUAUUUCCACUCCAAAUAAUGCAUUUUUUAUGGCUCCAAUUAAGUUUCUCCUGUUACUUUACAGAAUUGGAAAGACUGCAGUGUUUCCUGCCUCAAAUGUUGGUAAAUAAUACUUUAAGAUUUUGAUAGAUCCUUCUAAUUUUUGCUUAUAAUGGUAGUUUUUCAACUAGGCUCUUGCUAGUUGAGCCAUGUUCUCAGGGCUGUUUUUUUUUAAGAAGCUAGCUGAAUUUCAUUGUUUUAACGUAACCGCUUUCAAGCCUCUUGCAGGUUUUUCUAAUCCACGAUGUACCCAGAAAUGGUGCAUGGUCUGUAAUUUCACAAUACAGGUAAUUUUACAUAAUCUGUAAAGAAGUCAAAACAUGUUGAUGGUUCAGACUCUUAUGGUUACUGCAGGUCAGUCUCACAGAAAUCAAAAUUCAUUAAAUCCCGCUUUUUUUGGUUGAGGAAGUUAGAACGUAGUUUGUUACAGUAGAGCUAAACUUCAGGAAGAAGAAAGACCUUGUUAAGGAUAUUUCCAAUAUCUCGCUUGUACACUGAGAACGUUAAUGCAGGUGUAGAUCCUGGAGGCCUUGUGGUGGGAGUGCGAUGGAGCCUUGAGCAGCGCAACCCCGCUACGCCGAGCUACAUCCGAAGUCUCUCCAGCACCUGCAGUCCAGCCCCGUGGCAUUUGGCAUCCAAGAGUAACUUGGCUCAUGAACUUAAACCGAAAUGUUUGCUGCGUCGCGCCAUGUCACAGAAAACCCCGGUUGUACCGCAAGAGUGGGGAAGGUGGGACGGUGGGAUGGUUGGGUUGGUGACGACGGCAGACCCUGUAAAUGGCGUGAUGCGUAGCUCGAAUGUACCGCUUUGAAGCUGUAUUGUUUUCAACACCAUGGAUGAUGCGGGGAACGAUGUAAACGCGUUCAGCGGGUGCUGGGGGCGAGGACGGGCACCGCGGUGAUGCUCCAGGGGCUCUGCCGGCCCCACGAGCAACGCGACGCGGAGGGAAGCGCUCGCGUUCCUAUCUGGAA